UAAAGUGGUGAUAGUUUUAUCCUACGAAGAAAUUUUCUGUAACCCUAGGCUUGUUGAGGGUGGAAAUAUUCUUUACGGAAAGUGAACGUAGUUCACGACUCUAUCAUAAUCCUAGUCACCCGGUCUUGGGCCAUCGUACGUGUACCCUCGUCCCUAAAAGUCCCAACAAUCGCAAAGAAUAUUUUCCAGUACGAUAGCUCGAACCUCUCUUUACAAGAAACUGGUUCCGGUCUAUGAAAUUAUGAGAAUUUUCGAUGAUGGGUAUUUCAUCGACGGCAGUAGAAGAUGGGGUUUCUUCGUACUAGUCUCAUGGUGUAUUCCAUAUUCGGAAGGUAUCUUGGAAGAGGGAUAAUUCGAAGAUGAGGAAGAAGGAGAAUGAUUCGUAAAAUGGAGAAAUAGAAGAAUGAAAAUUUCCUUUGGGUAGGUCACAUACUCAAUGGUUAAUUUGUCUAAUUCUCUAUUCGACGUUUACGAAGUGCUAGACAAAUUUGGAUUUGUCUAGUGGUUUGAUGGUGUGGUUUUGUCUAAGUGGUUUAUGUUAAACCAAGGAGACAAAAUUGUAUAUACAAUGUUUGAUGAUUCUGUUAAUAGAGUCAUUGUGUUUGUAUGUAGAUGACAUAUUUAUCUUUGGGACCAAUCAAAGAUAAGUGAUUUUGUCUAGUUGUUUAUGUUAUUUUAAACCAAGGAGACAAAAUGUGUACACAAUUUAUGAUGAUUCUGGUUAUGAAGUCAUCGUACAUUUGUAUGUAUAAGACUUGCUUAUCUUUGGAACCAAUAAAAGAUAAGUGAACUUUGAUAAAAAUGUGUUAUUUCAAUUCUCCAUGUAGGACAUAGGGGUGGCAAAUGUGAUUCUGUGUAUUGAAUCAAGCGAAACAACAAGAAAGAGUCAUUCUCUCAAUUUUUCUGCAUGAGACGGUACUUGCAUAAAUUCCAUAGUAGGAAUUGUAGUGACUUAAAGAUCCCAAUGGAUCCAAGUAUGAAACUUAUGGUUCAUACUGGAAAUAAGUUUUACAACUGGAGUAUUCCAUGUCAAAUUGGGGGCUCGAUGUAUGCAUGACUUAUGUUGGGGGUGUAAAUAUGGCUGAGCCCAACCGAAUAGUAAAUAUGGUAUGCAAGACACAUAUGGGCCCAAGCCCACAAAGCACCACAAGGCCCAACUGAAGCCCAACAAAAUAUCACAAGGUUUUACCUAUAAAUAUGCUCCUAGGUCUUCCAAGUAAAGGGGUUCUCCUCUUCUUCUCAUUUUGGACAGAUCACUUAUCUCUCUAUACAAUCUCUCUAUCUUUGCUCUUCUUAUAAGUCUCUAAUGUUGAUCGUUGGAGUGUAGAUAAUCGGGGCCAACCCCGCCCUUUCACAGGUCUGGCGCCUCCCUUGUUUCUCGGCUGAAACAAUUGGCGCGCCAGGUAGGGGCAACCAAAAAUCAAACGCAUUGUAAGAAUAUGUUCAAAGAGUAGAGGCGUCCUGGACUUCCUUUAUUUCUUUUGAGUGGGAUGUUCUACGAGACAGAAAACAGAUGUGGCUCAACGGAUGACACAAGAUUUAUCUCAAAAAGAAAUUACAAUCCAGCUUGGGGCCGCCAUGGGUUUCUUUGUGAAGGUACUGGAGAGUGAGUUGGAAACGGAAGAUGAGAUUUGGUGAGUUAUUUUUUCUUCGAGCUCCCUUCAUGGGUCGGGUUGUCUAGUUCGUGGCAGUAAAAACAAAAAAAAAAGAGAGAAAAAAUUGCAAGAACAGAUCAAUGAGAACAAAAGAGAAAAAAUAGCAAGAACAGAUCAAUGAGAACAAAAGAGAGCUCCUGUGGUGAAAAAGCCAAAACCAUAUCUCACUGCCACUGGUCGUUUCCUGAUCUUAUUUUUCCAUCUUUCGCGAAAAUGAGAGUCUCCCAAAACCCAGAUCUAGCCCUCCUAUUACUCUUUCCCAAUAUCCAGAUCUGCUCCUCCAAAAUCACUGCCACCAAGAAUAUCAUCCAUUCCGUUCAAAGCCUUAGUCUGAUUCUUCCCCGACUCCGAAGCCGAGAUACAAAAAAGAGCAUCAUCGGCUUCGUUAACAAGAAAGAGUUUGAGCGCCUGUUAGGAAAGAACUCGAGCCGUCAAAAUACUCGGUUGUAUGUUUUCUCCCUACUAGUACCCAAUCAAGAUCCGAGCUACCCCUCUUCUUGCGAAGAAAGCAGAGUUUUUUUUGGAAGGAAGCCCAGAUCUGGCUCCUGAGUCCUGAAAUAAUACCUCUCUCCAAGUCCAUUCAUGAAAUAACUUGUUGAGGAGAAAGGGGAAAGAAAACAGAUCUGCGUUUGUUCAUGGGAGCCAACAAAGUCGGCUAGAGCCAACAAAGUCUGCCAUUUGGCGCCUGUUUUUCGUCGUUCUGAAGAAAACGUUCAUUGUUGCCACUUGCCAUCAGCUUUACAAAGGGCGGAUUGGGGGAGCCGAGCAUCAAGGGUAACAUCAAUGGGCAAACCCGAAGCUUCGACGUGUAGGUACAAAUGCAGAGCGCCUGAUUUAAGCUUCUGAUGUAAUGAGGGAAAUACCGAUGAUGGGGGUAGAAAGCAAAGCACUUGGGCGCUGGCCGAAUGAAAAGAAAAGAGAUGAGGGAACUUGGACGCGUCCAUAAUGGAGAGGAAGAAGAAAAGAACAAAAGAAAAGAGGAAAAAUAAAAAGAAAGAAGAGAGAAAAAGAAUGGUGCCCAGUUUACACUAGCAUGAUGUCAAGGAGCGCAUGCUGUGGGCGCCUGUUUAACUCAUUACAAGAAAUCAUUCAGCCCAUUAGCCCAAUCGAAUGGAUUCUGCGCGUAAGCCAAGGAGUGCAAGGGCCAAUCAAAUUCCCUGAUUUGUUAUUUUGAAGCCGAGACGCUCAACGCCUAGAUCAAGAUAGCCCGAUUUGUUGGUUUGAAGCCCGAGACGCUCAAAGCCCGGAUCAAGACAGUCCAUAGGAAGCCCAAGCAUACUGGUCACAAAUCAAAAAUAAAAUCACUCAUCAGGGUGGAUCGAACACUCAACCAUGAUCAUCAAGCCGCCACAUGGUAGGCGCCUCUACCACUGCGCUACAAAUCAACAUAGCACUUGAUUAUGGGCGUCCAAUAUUUAUAUAUUUGGAUCCUUUAAUGUUCUUGUUACACCACCAAAUCAUUGGGACUUGAGCUUGGCACCCAAAAACAAGAAUCAAGACGCCCACGCCACGAGAAUACUAUUAUUUCUUGUCACAUUGACCAAGGAGGCGCAUACUCUUAGCAACGACCUUCUACGGAGGCUCCGGCAUAUUGGCACUCUUAGCACUGCAAGUGGGGCGCCUACACCAUUAUCAUGUUCCUACAAAGCAAGUGCAUUUAAAGCGAUAGCCUGAGUUUCAGGGCACUCACCAAGCAAGGUACUAAAACCCUUUGUGAAAUUUGGUUUUUACCUCCGUGAUAUAUUGCUUCUGGUUUGAAAUAUUCUUUGCGUCCCAACAUAGCAUCUUUGGUCGAAAACAAUUCUGUAUCCAAAUAUAGCAUAACACUUGAAAGCACUCUCCGCGCCUAAAUUUAGCGCCCGUAGUCGGCAAUACUCUCCGCGCCCAAAUUUAGUGCCCAUGAUCAGAAAUACUCUCCGCGCCCAAAUUUAGCGCCCGUGGUUGGCAAUACUCUCCGCGCCCAAAAUACUUAAAGCGCCCAAAAUGUUAAAAGUUCUCUAGAGAGGAACUUACAGGGUUCGUAGUACAAGUCUAGUCUCUAAGGGUAGUAUAAGGAGUUUACUAACACGUGACUCCAAGGCGCUCCAGUUCCAGCCUCCAAUGAGAUAUGCAUCCCAAAGAAUAAGGCGUAUGGCAUAAUGAGGAGCCUACAACACAUGAGCUUCACCACUCGAAACCAAGUUUUGUCUCAAGAAAAAGUCUACUUUGCA